AUGGCGCAGAAUCUUUUCGAGACCACCUUGGACAAGGUGUCCGGCGCUGGAGCCGAGCAGAUGAAGGUGCCCGUGAGACGCCUGUGUUACUCCACGAAGCCGAUCGUGGCAAAAACGGGCAAGAAGUUCUGCAAGUUAGCGGGGAAGAUGGUAGAUUUGGCUGGCAACUCUCUCUACUAUGAGUUUCUAGGCAACGACGAGAAGGACGUCAUGGCCAAGGCGAAAGACCUCAUGUCGUCGGAAUUCGUCGUGUUGACGAAGCUGAAGCUGCAGAAAAGUCCGUUCUGGGCUGGACACUACGCAAACUUCAGCGACAAAGGUUCGCGAACGGGCUUCCAUCCACAGCCGGCAGGACACGCGACGUCCAUGAACCUCCAGCGCAUCUAUCCGGAGUCCACGAUCAAGUUCGCGCAGUGUGCGCGGCGGCAGGUGACUGCUGACAUACGCCAACACAGGGGGCCUGCUCUGCGGAUGGACUGGGUGGAGCAAGAGCUGCAGCUCUUUUUGUGCUGGCGAAACUUGUUGCGUCAUGGGGUGCUGGCGCCAGUGGCCCUGGCGUCGUGCAGCGACGAAGGCGACCGCGAAGUGGUUCCAUCAGAGGAGCAUCCGACCACCAUGUUUGAUCCUGGCACCUGGGCCACGGCGUACCCCGAUCUGUUUCCGUACGCAGACGGCGUGCCUUUUCUGACUCGGCAGACCAAGGUCUCUGUGCUGGAGGUGUUUCAGUACCUUCUCUGCCGGGACGAACUGAGCUACACCCUGCCAGGGGAAGCCAGUUACGAGCCGCCGCAGCGUGCAAGAUGGUCCGCGUCAGCUUCAUUUCUGCCGGUGUGCUACGAUGUGCAGCGUCGCUUACAGCUGCUGCGCAAGAGCAAGGCGCACGUCCAGCGCAAGGGCUACAGCGAGCAUUGCAACGUCAUUGCUUCCGUUGAGCCCGAAGCCUUGCUGAAAGCCAUCGCUUUGAAGGGCGAAAAGGCAGACAUCCGGGCCAUCAUGCAGAGCCCGGAAGUCGACCCGGCCCUGAAGAGAGCUCUCGGCGACGUCCUGAUGACCACGGGCGACAUCGUCGGCAUGGAAGGGCAUCGGUCUCAGCUGCGACACCGCGGUCACGCCGCAGGGUGGCAUUUCGGCAGCUCCACUCUGUUCGUCACGCCGAAUUUGGCAGACACCCGUGCGUCCUUGCUGCUUCAGCUGAACGACAAGGCCUACGCCUUGGGCAUGGACUGGAAUGCUGAAACGCCCGACUUGCUGGUCAACUGUUGGGGCGAUACUUUUGUGACAGCGCACCGCGGUCUAUGUGUGUGCCCUGGCUGCGUCCGUGCCCCGGGCUGUUGCGCGGAUUGA